GAUGCCAGCACUCAGUCUGACACCGGCCGACUGGCGAGAUGGUGCGAUCCACGCGUUCGAAGAGGCAGAUAUAGCUGUCCGCUCUCAGGGUGUUCACACUGGGCUACUGUGCUGCGCCACUGCCUAUACUGGCCGCACUGCAAAUCGAUGCCGGUCCACCGCUAUUUCGAAUCUCUAGCACCGAUACAUACACGCACCGACCAGGAACAGGUAUGUACGUAGACAGCGAAAGACCGCGCCAGCGCCGCUGUCACGGCAGGAACCACAUGGAACUCGAGAACCACUGACCGAUGAAGCUUGAACGUGGAUGAUGAUUUUGAAUCGGGGCCCCUCGCAGGCUUCUUGAUACCCAUCGUGGCCUGCCGCAGAGUAUUUAUGUACAGAAAGAGCGCGUCCCCUGACGAGGCUCCGUCCGUCGACCUGUUGUCCCACCCCACCCCAUCCCCAGGAUGCUCACCCCCGCUCUACUCACGCUUUGCGCGCUCGUUCGCACCGCCUCGGCCGCGACGGCGCAGACGUUCGUUCCGCCCUCCAAAGGGCCGCUGGUGCAGACGGCGAACUACACGACGUUCUCCAAUUCGACCAUCAAAGACGGCAAGCCCGUGAAGGGGAGGGUGUUUGACCGGAUCGUGCAGGUGUGGUUGGAGAACACGGAUUUCGCGACCGCCGCCGCGACCCCGAUUUUCCAGUCGAUCGCGAACCAAGGUAUCCUCCUCACGAACUGGAACUCGCUCACGCACCCGUCCGAGCCGAAUUACAUCGCUGCGAUGGGCGGCGACUUCUUCGGCACGCACGACGACAACAUGUACCACGUUCCGGCGAACAUCACGACCCUCGUCGACCUGCUCGAGGACCGCGACGUGUCCUGGGGCGCGUACCAAGAGAACCUCCCGUCGGAUGCGUUCUACGGAUUCAACUUCGCUGCGCCCAAUUACGCCGACCCAAGCGCGCCCGCCUACACGUACUACGUGCGCAAGCACAACCCGCUGAUCAUCUUCGACGCGAUCUCGCAGAACCCGGCGCGGGCCGCGCGCAUCCGGAGCUUCAACGACUUUGCGAACGACCUCGUGAACGGGACGCUCCCGCAAUGGAUGUUCGUCACUCCCAACAUGGUGAAUGACGCACACGACACGACAAUCGACUUUGCGGCGUCGUUCCUUGAAUACUGGCUUGUCCCGCUUCUGACGGACCCGCGGUUCAACGGAGAAAAGACGCUCAUCUUGUUGACGUUCGAUGAGAACGAGACGCAAACAGAACAGAACACGGUAUUCACUGUGGCUUUGGGCACCGCCGUUCCGCUCAAUCUCCGCGGAACGACUGACGACACGCUCUACACACACUACUCCGCCCUGAGCACGGUGCAGGCGAACUGGAAUCUCAAGUCGCUCGGACGCCAGGACACGAACAAAUCGGUCAGCAACGUCAUCGAGUUCGUCGCGAAGGAGGUCGGCUACAAGAACACCGCAAUCCCUCUCAGCCAGGUGCCGCACUUCAACAUCUCCGGAAAAACCCCGGGACCGUUGAGUGCGUCGUUCCCCUCCGGAUCGGAAACAGCCAUUUGAGACACAUCACUCCAGACUCGGCGCUGUUUGUGCCGUUCUCGACGCCCGACUUGAAGGCCAAAGGCGCGGGAUCGGGUGGUGUGUUGACGCUUCCGGGCCUCAACACUCAUCUGACGCCGGGCAACCUCCCGCCGCCGAAGAACAUGACUGCGCUCAACUCAACUACGCCGUGGCAGAUGAGCCCGCGCACCACAAGCGGGAAGGCCAUCAUCCCGUGUGCCGGGGCCGCGUGUCCAUGAUUUGUUGUGCUCUGUUGUAAGUAACUAUGUACCAAUUUAUCGACGAAGCUUCCCUUUGAGAACGUAUUCAUUAGUCAGUGUUACGACGCUAGGUCGCAGUUGUUUUUGUGUUUUGUUCGUCAUCGAAUGCGAAACAGUGGAGCACACUAGUCGGCGUUCUUCGCCUUCGGCCUUGGGUUCUGUCAAAAGUUGCAAUCAGUACGAGUUGCUCGGCCCAUGAACGAAAUAAAAUCAUGAUAAUCCCAAGAGAAUUCUCCCUUGUGCACGAUCCCGGCCGCGCACCGCUUUCCUCUCGAGUACUGCAAACUACUGCAUAGACGCAGAACCCCAACCCUCGUGCCGCACAAGCAGCCUCAGGCCGAUCCGCACGGCGCAUAGUCUCGAGGUUCUAGCCUGCGCUUCCGAUCUUGGCCGGAUCCCCCUUCUCACCGGGGGCAGACGACGUGCCAGAUGCGUCUAUCGUGCCAGGUCGGGUUAGCAAUCUCGCGACAAUUCAGUGGUUGAAUCAUGAACGGAUUUCCGCUCACAGAUGCGCUCUUCUUCUCUUGGCCUAGUCCGUCUGCUUUCAGCUCAGCGCGAGCCCUGACUUCAUGACGAGCUAGUGAUGAUUGAGUAUGCUGCAGUCACAUCCGAAUUCUGCCGAUCCGACCCCACAUAAAAAGGGGGCCAUGGCGUCUGAGUCCCUAGAUUGUUGUGCAGUCCACGAUGUUACUUGCUCGCACUGCGCUGCUCCUCCUGGCUACCGUCACCGCCACGGCGAACGCCCAGAACACCAAACAGGGGCUGCUUGAUUUCUACGCGAC